CUCCUAUUUUCAGGAAAAAUCCAGACAUGCAACCAUCAAUACUGCAAGGCAAAAGCAGUGGAACUCUGACUCUCAGCUGAGCUUAAUUAAGUUAAUCAAAUAAUGGCGAACGGAAGGGGUGGCAGAAGCCUAAUGGGACCAUUCUUGGUCAUAAACUUUGUAGUUUAUUUAAUAGUACUAGGACUUGCUGGCUGGUCACUUGAUAAAUACAUCGAUGGCGAACAAAAUCACCCUCAUUUAGGAGGGAAUCCAUCAACAAGUUUUAUGUUGAUGUUUGCAUUGAUUGGUGGAGUCAUGGGUGCUUCCUCUAUGCUGGCGGGGUUUGUUCAUCUCAGAAAAUGGACUACUCAAACUUUGACUAGUGCUGCUUCUUCAGCUAUCAUCUCUUGGGCCAUUACUGCUCUUGCUUUUGGUCUAGUUUGCAAGCAGAUAAUAAUGGGAGGGCACAGAGGAAAACGCCUGCAAACUUUGGAAGCCUUGAUUACCAUAGCAAUGGUGAGUCAAUUGCUGUAUAUACUGUUGCUGCACGCCGGCAUUUUCCGCAGCAGGUACGGGCCUGUUUAUGGUUCCUAUGGGCCUCAGCACUAGCCAAGUCUCCCUUGGUAUGGCUCGGUGUAUAGAAAUAGCUAAUGGAAGUCUUUGCUUAGAAUAUACAUCUAAAAGGUUUUGUGGGAUGGCUCAGCUACCAUUCUUCUUCUUUUAGUAAUAAGUUUAUAUGGAUGCUUAUUUGCAGCAUACAAUAGACCCCACUUUGUACUGUCAA